CAACAAAAGCACAAAAAUGGAAGAGGAUUCUAAAGAAAUUUUAAAAAUAACACAAGAAAUUGUAAAAAUUAAACCAAAAACUAAAUAUUUAAGUCCAACUGAGCUAACAACUUUAAGAAAUCAGGAAAUUUCCACCAGCACAGCAGGUUUAAAAAGAACGAAAGUUGAGAAUACUCAAGAGGAACAAAAUGAAUUGGAGAAGUUGUAUGAUAAUUUGCAAAUGCAAUUAUCAAGACCUCGCAUAGAACGUUUGACCGGCCGUGCUGUAGGUGUUUGGGAUUCUGUAAAACAGUUGGUGCGAGUUGAACGUAAAGAUGGCAAAUUUGGUAAUUUUGGUUUUAGUAUAGACGGUGAGCUGUAUUUGGAUUAUUAUGAGGCGAUGUUUUUAUUGGAAGUAAAUCGCCUACAACUAGAAUACAACUCUAGAAUAAUGUCCAUAGAACAAGCCUACUUACUGCUAAUGGGCGAACAGCACUCCCCUAAAUAUCACGAAUAUCUAGUGUAUUCUAAUCUAACCAGAAUUGGUUACAUUUUAGUAAAACAUCAAAACAAACUCUUUCAAACGCAACAAAUUAACAAUGAAGCCGAUUGUGUUUGGGCCGUUUUAGAGGCAGAACUGCAGAAUGAUACGGUAGCAGAUUAUAUAAAGAAAACACCAUAUUAUGCCAAAGUUAAGCAGAGAUUUGAGUCAGUAAAAAAUAAAAUUAAAAAUCAAACUGAAGAGGUUUUAGAAAAAGAAGAAAAUGAUAAGUUAGCAAAUACAUCUACAAAUAUGAAUUUUGGUUUAAAAAUGAAACCAAAUUUAAAAAGAAAAGCUCAAGCGGAAGAAUGUCAAAACGAAUGGUUAACAGCAAAGAGACAUUGUAAUUAUGCACUUAAAGUGUUUCAGCGCAGUUUGGUGGAUUUCUUAAAAGAGGAAGAUGAGUAUAAGCAGUUUAAGGAAAUCUUUGAAAAAUUCGAUUUGGUGCCUUUGAAAAUGAGUGAGAAAAAGGAAUUUGAAGAGGAAGAUAAAGAAGAUGAAGAUGUUACAGCAACCGAACUAGAAUGUGAAGAGUUGAGGGUAAAAUAUCCCAUCAAUUUCGAUGUUUAUUUACACAAUGAAGGUUUUCGUAAAAGCUCUCCUCAUUUACCCAAUUUUCGUGUGAUUAUAUUGCAAACUGAACAGAAGUUUCCCUCACAUAAUGAAAUAUUUCUUACCCACCGACAACAAUUAAAUCCAGUGCCUUUAUUAAUCGUAUCCGUUAAUGAUUCCAAACAAAUGCAGGCAUUUUUAUAUUAUUUCAGUUAAGAUUUUCUUAUAAAAUCUUUAAGAAAUUCCAUUAACAUUUGUUUUUUUAAUAGAAUGGCAUUUAAAUCUAAUAUUUUAACGCUUCAUUUAUUAAUUUUAUUAAUACAAUUUAUUUCUUUAAUUGUUGAUGUUCAAUGUUCAUUCAUUGUUGUUUAAUAUUUUAUUGUGUAAUUAAUAUCUUUAUUUUUGUCUAAACUUUUAAUACAAGCAAUAAAAUUAGCGAGUUUUUGCUCAUGAUAGUA